AUGUUGUGCGACUCGGGAAAAAUGACCGAGUGGCAGAGCACAACCGACUUUGUUAAAGUCAGGAAUGCCUGGAAUGCAGUUGCAAACACAAUGAGUGCUUGUAUCAGGACGGCGGAGCUGGCUGUUAAAGCUGACGACAGCAAAUUGAUUUACGACGUGGAUGACAUGUUGAUAGGCCUCGUGGACGAAAUAAAGACCUCGCCUUCAUGUGAUGAAGUGGUGGAGCUCGAUACUGACAAGGAGGACAUGCAUGCAAGCUGGAUUGAUAUUUUGGACGAUGACGUGGUGAACAUGAGUGAUUUGUCGGCCGCCUUCGACUCAAUGUCAAAAGAGCAGGAGAAGGUAGAAAUAGUGGGCCACAGCAAUGAAGAGAUGGAUGAGUCAGAUCGCGACAAUAAUGACACUCCUAGAGUUAAAAUCAUUCCAUCGGCCCCCAUGUGGGCGAGCAUGGCUCCAUUGGACCCUCGCUCUUGUAUCCGUACACCGAUGUUUGGAAAAAUGGACACGCGUAUUCCAUGCAUACAAGUGCCUCGGAUAGAUAUGGCAUUUUCAAAUAAUCGUGUAGUCAUGAUGGCAGCUGGCACACCUAGCUUUAGUUAUCCUAAAUCACAAAUGAGACCUCAGUGCGAAAAGACCGAGAUUGCCGCAUGCCAGCAGAAAUCUAAGACAUGCUGGAUUUGCAAGAGCUCCAAGUCUCCAGAGAAAAAACGCGCGCUGCACCGCUACCAUGAAAAGCGAACGCGUCGCAACUGGAAGCGGGGUCCUAGAUAUACUGGACGCAGCGACGUUGCGACUUCUCGAAUUCGUAAUGGUGGUCGAUUUAUCCGAACGACAAGAUGGAUUUGA